AUAAAAGUGAAUAAGACGAGGAACCGCACGUCUUUUCUUAACGCCGAUUGACAAUUUGACUGAAUCGUCCUCUAAACGUCCUUUAAAAAUUUCAGUUCAAAAUCUACCCCGGUUUAGUUAGGGUGUAAAUUGUUUAGUGCAAAUUAAAACAAUAAAAGCACUUUACCUCAACCAUUAUCCAAAAUGACUACUCACUGGAACUACCCCGACCCAGCUCUCCAAGAUGAGCUCCGCAAAAUCGCCAACGCCAUCGUGGCCCCGGGAAAAGGUAUUUUGGCCGCCGAUGAAUCGGUUUCGACUAUGGGAAAGCGGUUGACCGACAUCGGAGUGGAGAACACCGAAGAAAACAGGCGUAAAUAUAGGCAACUUCUCUUCACCACUUGCCCAACUAUUGGAGACUACAUCUCUGGCGUAAUUUUGUUCCACGAAACUCUGUACCAGAAGGCCGACGAUGGAACCCCAUUCCCAGAAUUGUUGAAACAAAGAGGAAUCAUUCCCGGAAUCAAAGUAGAUACUGGUGUCGUACCAUUAUUUGGAAGCAAUGAUGAAGUUACCACCCAAGGUUUGGAUGACUUAGCAAAACGCUGUGCCCAGUACAAAAAAGACGGCUGCCACUUCGCGAAAUGGCGUUGCGUCCUAAAAAUUAACGAACACACUCCAUCUCUCCAGGCUCUCGAAGAAAACGCCAACGUUUUGGCGCGGUACGCCUCAAUCUGUCAGGCCAACAGGAUCGUACCCAUCGUAGAACCGGAAGUACUUCCGGACGGCGCCCACGAUUUGGAAAGGGCCCAGAAAGUUACUGAAACUGUUUUGGCUUUCGUUUACAAGGCGUUAGCCGACCACAACGUCUUCUUGGAAGGAACUCUGUUGAAACCCAACAUGGUCACGGGCGGUCAAUCUCACCCAGUCAAAUUCAGUCCGGAAGAUGUCGCCAGAGCCACAGUAACCGCUCUCCAGCGUACCGUGCCCGCAGCCGUUCCCGGAAUCACUUUCUUGUCCGGUGGACAGUCUGAGGAAGAGGCUUCAGUUAACCUAAACGCCAUCAACCAAUAUUCUGGAAAGAAACCCUGGGCUCUCACUUUCAGUUACGGACGUGCCCUCCAGGCUUCAGUGCUCCGCGCUUGGGGAGGUAAAGACGAACAGUUUAAAGAUGGCCAAGAUGAAUUAUUGAAACGUGCAAAGGCUAACAGCGAAGCUUCCCUGGGCAAGUACGCCGCUGGAACCAUACAAGGCAAAGCCGGCGACGCUGGUCUUUUCGUCAAAAACCACGCUUACUAGAAACCGAGAUAUUUUUUAUUCUUUGUCUUUGUUAGUACGGUUCGCGAGGACAAACUCAAAGCACUAGAUUUACUAUAUUUGUUGUGAAAGUAUAAAAAAAAUUAUAGAGAUUAUACAUACACUAGUCGUGUCAUACUAUUAUUAAAUUCUAGUAAACAUUUUAAAUAUAUGCGACGAAAACUAUACUUAUGAUAUACAAGUUAAACAUGAAAUUAAUUUUGUAAAAUGUAUAAAACUAGAGUUAUUUUAUGAUUGAUUUUUUUCCCAAACAUAUAUAACUUUCCUUCAACUUUUUAUCUUUAUUUAUACAUACUUUUUAGUUUUACGGAUAGUUGUUUUAUUAUAAAAUUGUUAUGUACUGAGAAAAACAAAAUGUAUAUCAAAAAA